AUGUUAAUAUUUUUGAUAUUAUUGCUAGUUAAUUCUUCAGAAUGUUUCUUAAUUUUAUCGCAAAAAUUUAAUUACACCAAAUCUGGCAAUUUUGCCCUGUACCCUUCCCAUAGGUUAACAGUUUCCGAAAAGAUGGAAAAGAUCCAUAUUAUAAAUUCUGAGCUCCCAAUUCGUAAAUACUCUGCUGAUAGUCCGGAAGUUCGGAUGAUGGAGAACACCCUUAAGCAGAAGCGAAGGUCAUACCUUGACGCCCUAAAGGCUAAGGAGCUUGGAAUCCCAGUUAGAAAGAGACACAAAGGUGGUAGGAUGGACAAACCAAUCCUUGAAAGAACAGCUUCAGCCCACGCCAAAUAUUUGUUUCUUUCGCCUACUAAGUUGACAAAGAUUUUGAGGCAGAUUAAGAAGAUGCCUGUGCUCCUGGCCCUGGGAGACCUCGCUCAACGCGGCUCUAAUAGAUAUGCUGUCGCAAUUUUUAAGGUUAUUAAAUCAGCCCUUUUCAACGCCAAACGUCUCUACGAGAACUCCGAAGAGCCUUUAAAGUUCAGGUUCAGGGAACUUUCCGCCACACCUGGCGGAGUUGUUAAGAAACCCUUAUUUAGGGCCAAGGGUCGAUGUGACGUUAUUAGGAAACCUAAAGCGCACUUAAAAGUAGUUUUAUCUUGUUAA